UCCUUUCUCUCUCCUCUCUCAGACCGUUUCUGGGAUUAGGAGUUUUCAACCCUAUCUCUCGCUCUCUCUCUGCUUUCUCUCUCCUUUCCGAUCUUAUCCUCCGCCGCCGCCGCGAUUUUCCAUCUCCGAUCAACCUAUUCCCGAAAAGUUCUUCCUUUUCUUACUUUUCCCCAGUUUCUCGCUAAGUUUCGAAGGUUUUCGGAUCGAGAAUGAUGCAGCAGCCAGGGAUGAUUCCGUCGUCGGAGCAGCCGCAGUACCAGCAGCCGCCCCCGCAGCAGCAGUGGAUGAUGCCUCCGCAGCAGGUUCCGUCUCAGCAGGGCCCGCCUCCUCCCGCCGCGUGGGCCCCGCAGGGCGCGCCGCCUCAGGCCCAGCCCUACGGCGGCGGAGGCGCUGGCGCCGCGCCCGGUUCCGGAUCGGACGAGAUCCGAUCGCUCUGGAUCGGGGACCUCCAGCAGUGGAUGGAGGAGAACUACCUCAUCAGCUGCUUCGCUCACACCGGAGAGGCUCUUACGGCUAAAGUUAUUCGCAAUAAGCAAACUGGUUUGCCAGAAGGAUAUGGCUUUAUUGAGUUUGCUUCUCGUGCUGCGGCUGAGAGGGCUUUGCAGACUUAUAAUGGCGCGUUAAUGCCAAACACUGAUCAGAACUUCCGGCUUAACUGGGCCACUCUUGGUGCUGGAGAGAGGCGUCAAGAGGACGGUCCCGAGCAUACAAUUUUUGUUGGGGAUUUGUCUGCUGAUGUCACUGAUUUCACCCUGCAAGAGACAUUUAGGGCAGUAUACUCAUCUGUGAAGGGUGCAAAAGUUGUUACUGAUAGGACCACUGGACGCUCUAAAGGAUAUGGGUUUGUCAGGUUUGGCGAUGAAAGUGAACAACUGCGUGCUAUGAAUGAGAUGAAUGGUCAGUACUGCUCAACAAGGCCCAUGCGAGUUGGGCCAGCUGCUAACAAGAAACCUGUUGGUGGGCAGCAAUACCAGAAAGCUACCUACACAAAUACUCAAGGAAAUCAGGGCGAGAAUGAUCCAAAUAAUACAACAAUAUUUGUUGGAGGUUUAGAUUCUAAUAUUAAUGACGACAUGUUAAGACAAGUGUUUAGCCAAUUUGGCGAGCUAGUACAUGUGAAAAUACCAGUAGGCAAGCGUUGUGGUUUUGUUCAAUUUGUUAAUAGAGCUAACGCGGAGCAUGCAUUAUCAACGUUGAAUGGAACUCAGUUGGGAGGACAGAGUAUUCGACUUUCGUGGGGCCGUAGUCCUACAAACAAACAGAAUCAACAAGAACAAGCACAGUGGAAUGGUGGUGGCUAUUACGGAUACCCACAAGGAUAUGAUGCGUACUCAUAUGCUCCUCCUAGCCAAGACCCUAACAUGUAUUAUGGAGGCUACCCUGGAUAUGGAAAUUAUCAGCAACCUGGGGCUUACCAACAGCCACAGCAGUGAUUUCUGUCGUGGUUUCCGAAGGGUGGUAAAAAGCUUGAGAAUUAUGUCUGAAGCAUCUUAGUUAGGCAGCCUUACUUUGUGGCUGGCUCGUGAUGGUCUGCGGUUUUUCUGCUCAGUUGUUCUAGAGAUAGAUUCUUAUUUAGUUCAGCUCUCUCUCUCUCUCUCUCUCUCUCUCUCAUUUUCCUCCGCAAACAUGUGCAUGUGACCUCUCUUACCGUGUGGUGAGGUACUAGACAGUGUGGUGAGGUACUAGACACUGCGCUUUUAAUUGGUGUUUUCUUUUUGGGGGUUUUUUUUUUCAUAUGAUUUUGAAUAUGCUAUAUUAUGCUGAUCGUGUAUGGAUUGCUGCUGCUGUCUAAUAGUAGUGCUUUAUUUGCUAUGAGUUCUUAUGGGAACCUUUUCAAGGACACAAUCCACCUAUUCUAUUCUCCUACCAAUUAAAGAAUUACACUUCUGCUCCGUUUGUAGUGGAAGGAUGGAUAUUGAUACUAGGAGAGGAAAGGAGAGUUGAAUGGCUCAACAAUUAUUUGUUCAA